AUGGGGAAGAACAAGGAACGAGCUGUAAAGGUUAGACCUACAAAAGAAAAAAGAGAAGAAACACAGUCAUUUGUUCCUCCACAUCAAAGUAUUGGCUCAGAGUUACUGGAUAAUGAGGAGAGUAAGGAUACAACCUUUAAAUCUCUUGGUUUAUGUGAAGAACUAAUUAAAGCCUGUAAUGAAGCAGGUUGGCAUCAUCCAACACGUAUUCAAGCUGCAACUAUUCCUGUUUUAAAAGAAGGAAGAGAUAUUAUUGGUGUAGCACAAACAGGUAGUGGUAAAACUGGAGCUUAUGUACUUCCUCUUGUAAAUUGGUUAUUAACUCAAUCUAAAGUACCAUACCUUUCCGUUCUCGUUAUGGUUCCCACACGUGAGUUAGCACAACAAGUAACGGCACAAUUUAUUAUGUUAGGAAGUAGUGUUGGACUUCGAGUAGCUACCUUAGUUGGUGGAGCAGAUAUGGUAGAUCAAGCCUGUGAGUUAAGUAAAAGACCACAUGUUGUAGUGGGUACACCAGGUCGUAUUAAGGAUCAUUUAAGUAAUACAAAAGGAUUUCAACUUAUAAAGCUUCAUGCAUUAGUUUUAGAUGAAGCUGAUAAAAUGUUAGAUAUGGAUUAUGAAAAGGAAAUUGAUGCUAUCCUUGAACAUUUACCUCAUAAUCGUCAGACAUUACUUUUUUCUGCCACUUUAAAUACUAAAAUUGAUCGUUUACAAAAAGCUUCAUUAAAUGAUCCUGUCCUUCUUGAAGUUCAUCGAAAGAAUACUACUGUUGAUACUUUAAAGCAAUAUUAUGUAUUUGCUCCUUUUGCACAAAUGUUACCAUAUCUUCACGUUUAUUUAACACGAGAAACAGGGAAUCAUAUUCUUAUUUUCUGUCGUAGUGCGGCAUUGGUACAUCGUAUUACACUUACACUUCGUAUUUUGGGUCAUCAGGCUUUACCACUUAUGGGGCGAAUGGAUCAAACCAAUCGUAAUAUUGCAUUAACAAAGUUUAAAGAAGGUAAAGUACGUAUUCUGGUAUGUACCGAUGUGGCUCAACGUGGUUUAGAUAUUCCCCAUACAGAUGUAGUGGUGAACUUUGCCCUUCCGGAUCGUGUAGAAGAUUACAUUCAUCGUGUGGGACGUACAGCCCGUGCUGGGGCCCAAGGAAAGGCUGUGAAUAUCAUCAGUCAAUAUGAUAUUGUGCUGCUGCAGAAGGUGGAGGCAUCGACGGGAGUGAAGUGUGAGGAGUGGCCCAUACAAGAAGGAGACGUGGCGGUCUUACUGCAGCGAGUGGAGGAUGCCGAACAGGAGGCGGUGAAGGAAAUGCGGGAGAAUGAAGAAGAGAUGAAGUUUGAAAAGGAAACUCGACAGUUAACGACGGCAAAGAAGGCAAAAAGAGAUAGAGGUGAUAAAGAUAUGGGACAUGAUGAUGCCAAACACGCUUCGGCAGAUUUCGGUACACUUCGGCUUCGUCGCGAACACGAGUCGGUGUUUAAAAUGACGAAGAAGGAACAGUACAAGUCUCUGUGGGCCAAGCGUCGUGAAGUGCGUAAACAACUCAACUCGUAG